GGGGAUCUGGGAGGUUAUGUUCCCCUUUUUCUUUCUACACAGUUCACGCUGUUGUGCUUAUGCCACCGUUCUACUGUAGUACUCUGUGUAUGAUGUUGUAAACCAUCUAAGUUACCUUUUUUUUUUUAUUAUUAUACACAAGAAAGACGAGAGCUGAACGCUGUGUAGUGAAACUGUAACUCGAACUGUUGUACGGUUUUUUCUUUCAUCAUCUGGACGGAAUUUUUUUGUUCUUUUUUUGUUGCACGGUUGUCCUAGCUAAUUGAUGAUGAGUUUUGAAUUUUGAUUUCCUAUUUGUGAUUUAUUUCAUCGUUUCCUAAUAAGGAUAUAAUUAAUGCGGAAUUCGGUUUUCUAAAUUUAGAAACGAUGCAAACUGAGGAUGAUUUUGGCACACCUACGAUGAUGCUGAAUUCGCCAUCGAAUAUAAUCAAGAAAUUGCCGAAUGACGAUUUAGAUUGCACGGAUACGUCGCUUAUUUUGAAAGCUAAAAAGGAACCUCGAGACAGUGACAGAUCAUCGUUCGUGCCGGCGAAAAAAGAACCCAGAGAAGACGAUCAAUCAAUCGUGGAUAACUCGUUGAAAAGUGCCAAAGUGAACGACUCGACAAAUGAAGACAAAGGCGACGAUUCUAUGAACGGUGUUUUAGAUAUUACUGAAACAUCUUCGGAUGAGGAGAAUACCGAAAAUUCCAACGAAACCAAAGGAAGCGUCAGUAACGAUAACAACUCUUUGAUGAAAAAGGAGGAAAUCAACGAAGUCAAAAUGCUAGACGAUCAAGAUGAUUUGUUGAACGACGACGACGAUUUAACUUACUCGAAUGGCUCGAACGAACAAUAUUCAUUUAAUUUAGAUAACGAUAACAACGAUCAACUUUCAAAUGAUUAUCUGGAUGACGAAGGAGCCGAUCAGUCUGUAAACGAUUGCGAUGAAGAUGGCGCCGAUGCAGACGAAGGUACUGAUCCGAACGAAGAACUCGAUGCUGAUAAUAGCGGCCAAGUUGAAGACGAUGAAGAAGAAACUGCUCUUCGAGAGACUGAUGAUAAUAACGACUGUGAUACUAACUUACAUAACGAUGAUGAAAGCGCUACAGAACAAAAUGCUUCCGCCGAUAAAGAAAACUCCUCCGAUGAACAAGCCGAUGGCGCUGACAAAAACGCUACCAGCGUAACCGAAGCCACCGAGUCAUCGGUUGCAAAACCUACUGCUGCUGCUGCUUCCGAAAGUGCAGAAAAAGAACCCGAAUCCGAAACCCACGACAAUAAAAGACCAGCUAGUCGAGAAUCUACCACCAGCACCACGUCUAAUUCAUCGGAACGAUUGACCAUUCGAUCGGCGAACGAUUUAAACAGAUUAGUCGUCAGUGUGGCCGAUGCUUUUAUUAAAAAAGAGCAAUGCGAAGAACAGACGAAAGAGAAACCUCACGGUGGUCUUUCCGUUGUCAAUCCAAGCCAGCUCGGAGUCUCGAAUUCCGGCGGAGGAAACUUACUCCAGAAUGUGAACUUUGCGCAGCCCAACGAUCAAAUGAAUGUUAUUAAUUAUAUCGGUAGCAGCGCCGUUGCUGUACAGUGCGAUGUUUGCGAAGCCUCGUUUCCUGACAACAUCGUGCUGGCUGAUCAUAAAGCGAACGCUGGUCAUUAUAAAUGUGUAUUGAAUCCCGAUUGCGCUGCUUUGGUGUUCGCUUCGAUGACCGAAUUAUCCGGACAUCAGCAGAAUGCUCAUGGUGUCAUGCCUCAGUCACCGGUUCAGCAGUUAGCUCAUCAAGUACAAUCUUUACCUUAUCAAAUGGAUCAACCGCUGAAUAGUAACUACGCUCCGAUGCAACAAUACCCACCUCAAAGAGGUCAGCCAGCAGCCCGUCCAAUGGUUCCACAAGUGUAUCCCGGUCAACAGAACAACAUGCCUCAAAUCAGAGGAUAUUCUAUCGCUAAUCAACAACCGAGAUUACAAAUCGGAUCAGUCAGAGGAAAUGUUCCUAGCAUGGCUCAGCCACCCAAUCUGAAACGACCUGCAGUCCCUCCUCCUCCUCAACCUCGAAUCACUCCUACUAAAAGAUCGCGACCUGAUUUUAUAAGAAAUGGCGAUACCGAUUGUAAAGUUGUCUCGGUUCAGAAACCCGAUAAUACCGAUGACGUUGUCGCUCAGUUAUCGAAAUCGAUUACAAUUACGGCUCGCCAAGAUACCAGAAAGAAAAAUGAUACCACUGCUGUUACGAAUAUGCUUGCUAAUAGAGGAAUAACUGUCAGUUCGGUGCCAGCGAAACAAAAUCAAAAUAAUAGCGCAGUUCAAAUGCUCAAUUUAAAUUCAGCUGUAUCGUUGAUUCCUACUAACAACGCGAAUAAUAGACAGGGUCGCGCAAAUGGUCGUCCAAUGGCACCAAUGAAUGCAUCACGUCUACAGACAGUCGACUUAACUGGUCCAGAUCCACCUCGUGGUCUACAAAUGAUGAGCCAAACUCGUAAGACUCCUCGUUUCCAAUGCCAAAUUUGCGAUCGUAUGUUUGCUAAUCCCGAACAACUGAAUCAGCACAUGAUCACUCAUGGAAACUUGAAUAGAAAUAAACCAAUGUCUUACAAGUGUAACCAGUGCAACGCCCAGUACCCGAAUCAGCAACAAUUGCAGCAUCACAAACAAACAUUCCAUCGAGAAUCGAUCGCCAGUACCAACGAAAUGGUUAUUCCGGUCGUGAACCUGAAGCAGCCUGGAACUAUGAAUAAACUGAGCGCCAUCGGAGUCCAUCAUAUUAUUCCAUUGAACGCGUUAGGCUCUCAGUCAGCCAAUGGUACUUUCGGUAUACCUAUUUUACCACUUUCUUCCGAUAGAAAUCAACAAAUCAAUAUGUCCAGUUGCGGUAUUACCAAUAUUCUUCCUAUCGGACCCCUUAAAACAUUAGGAGGGCGAUGAACGUAAACGUUUUUUAUCGUUUUUUUUCUACUCUUAAUUUUUUUUAAAAUGAAAAUCGCCUUUAUAUUUGUGUAUAAAUUUUUAUUUGUUUCUUUUUUAUUGCCUGUUGUAUUUUUUAAGAUUUUCUUUUUUCUGUGUCAAGUUCAGUUUAUUCUGAAUAUUAAUUUUUUUUCUCCUCAAAUCCGAGUACCUGUAAUACGUAUACAUAUAGUAAUGUUGUAAAAGUACAAUCGACGUUUUAAAGUUGAUUCAAAUCCGAUGUAAGCUAUAAAUUUUCACUUUUUAGUCGUUUGGUCUUGGAGAUUAGUAUUGUUAAUUUUUUUGUAGGUUGGAUUUUUUAACGAUGUAAAUUUUAUUCACGUUUGUUAGCAUCGUGUAUUAAUGACUUAUGCAUUUUUCAUCUUUUAUUUUCUGUAUCGAAGUUUUUAAUUUUUUUUUUGUUCAUUUUCUCUUUUCUUUUUUUGAACAUUGUUGCGUGUAUAUUUUUUUUUUUUGAAUCUUGCAUAAAAAUGUUGUAAAAUUUUGUUAAUUAUAAAUAAUGAGUUUUUUAACAGCU